UGUUGUUAGAUAGUUGACACAACUAGAUUUAUCUCACACUUCUCGUACACUUUCUUUCUACUUUCAUAUCACACCUAAACUAAACAUACCUUGGGUUUAAGCCAAAUUUAAACAAUCACCACCUUGAAUCCAAUCAAUGUCACGGUUAAACAUUCGUUCCCUUCUCGCAUUCUCUGCAAUUUUCCGCGUAAUCUUAAUCCUAUACGGAGAAUGGCAAGAUUCUCACAUGGAAGUUCGAUACACCGAUGUCGAUUACAUCGUUUUCUCAGAUGCCGCUUCUCUAGUCGCUUCUGGUUCUUCUCCUUACAACAGAACCACCUACCGUUAUUCUCCUCUUCUAGCGUUUCUUCUCGUUCCUAAUUCGCUACUUCAUCGCUCCUGGGGAAAGUUUCUCUUCUCUUCUGCAGAUAUACUAGUGGGAUAUUUUAUCUAUUACAUUCUAAAGCUGCAGAAGGUUCCUGAAAAUCUCUGCAACUACUCUGUCAUGGCAUGGCUUUUUAAUCCAUUUACAUUCACCAUUGGGACACGCGGGAACUGUGAACCCAUUGUUUCUGCCAUGAUAUUGUGGAUUAUUGUCUGUCUUAUGAAAGGUAAUGUGUUACAGUCAGCAAUUUGGUAUGGACUUGUUGUCCAUUUCAGGAUUUAUCCUAUAAUUUAUUCUAUUCCUAUAAUCCUGGUUCUUGAUCCGAACUUCUUCCCAUCUGGUCAGAAACCCAUCCUAAGGAAUUGGAGUGCUGUUCAGAAAGAGAGACCCAAAGACCCGAAUGGCUGGUUUACCCCACUUAACUUAUUGAAAAGCAUAUUCACAUGGAACAGGGUGAUAUUUGGACUGGUUUCAGGAUCGGUUUUCCUCUUUUGUACCGGUCUGUUCUUCUGCUUAUAUGGUUGGGAAUUUCUACAUGAGGCACUAUUGUACCAUCUUACUCGUACUGAUCCAAGGCAUAACUUCUCAAUCUAUUUCUAUCACAUAUAUCUUCAUUAUGGGCACAAUAUCUCAGUGGUGGAAAAGCUUGUCUCCUUUUUGCCACAGUUUUUGGUUCAGCUGGUUCUUAUUUUCAGCUUUGCACAAGAUUUGCCGUUUUGCCUAUUUGUGCAGACUGUAUCAUUUGUUGCCUUCAAUAAGGUGAUUACCGCACAGUACUUUGUUUGGUUCUUUAGCUUGUUACCUCUAAUACUCCCAUGGAGUAAAAUGAAGCUAAAAUGGGGUGGAUUGUCUUGCAUUCUUCUAUGGAUCGGAGCUCAGACCCAUUGGUUAAUGUGGGGCUACCUUCUUGAGUUCAAGGGUAAAAAUGUCUUCUUACAGCUUUGGGUAGCAGGCUUAAUGUUUCUUGCAGCCAACAUAUUCAUUCUGGUCAUGAUUAUCCGUCAACAUAAAUAUUCUUCUGUUUUCAAAGCUUUAGAGUAUACCCACUCCAAACAUACAGCUAAGCUCGAGUGAGUGACCGUGGCUAUCGCAAACAAGUUUCUAUUUUCACCCUCGCCAUUGUUACACAUCGCCCUUGACGCGCUUCAGUUUUGGAAGGUUAAUUAUGCAAGGUCACUACUACAGCAACAGAUGAUUAUGUUGAAACAUGUGCUGUUUUUUGAAAGUGAACAAUAGAUGAAUCAAUAUAUUCUUAUUUUGUAA